AUGCAACAUUUCGCUGAUCCUGCCUUCUUCAAGUCUCCUGUUCAUCAGAUUUCUCUCGGUCAGUAUUUUAAUGGUCUUUCGGAUCUUGCGUCUUCUCGUAUUUUCACCAUAUCCAGCCGACAUAUCGGUCGAUUUCCAGUCGAUUUCGUAAUUCGUCGUGCAAUGUGUUCCCGAACAAUCAAGUAUGUCCGUCUUCUCGUGUUGCGUCGACAGACUUGUGAAAAGUGUUUUCUUCUUCUUUUUUAUAACAUUGAUAUUCCAUUUUCCUAA